UCAAGCCAAGAUAACAAGCAGGGCCGGGCGAUAUUCACAACGAAAGCAGUGAUGUUUCGGUGGCAGGUGAUACUGCUGUGAAUUGUUUGGUAAGCUGCACGGACACGUUUGCUAGAUUUGAGUGAAUUUUUAACUGUUAUCUUUCCUAUCAGCUUCAUUGCUGUGCUUUAGAAACUUGAACGUUUCGAAUGAGUCGGUGUCGUUAUCGUCCAGGACCGUAUGUUGAGAAAACCGAAAGGAGGGAAAAUAAAGGAAACGACAGUUCAGAAGACUGUGGUCCGGAGGACGAAGCUGCCAGCUAAUACUAAUUAAAGAAGGAUAAAACACACUCAAACUGACAUCGCUAACCGAGGAUAAUCUGGCCAAGGAUAACCUCGACAAGCUCUAGGUGUCGAGAAGAUAAAUUAGUUGGCUUGGUGCGAAGAUAUCUCAAGACUGCGGUGACGUCUGCCCAGUACUAUCACCUUUAAACACAGAAAGAAAACCAAAACAAACCCCCAGCCGCCGUCCAGCACUUUGAGGAUGAACCACUUAUCGCUCAGUGAGCUAUGUUGCCUGUUCUGCUGUCCACCGUGCCCCAGCAAGAUUGCCUCAAAGCUGGCCUUUCUACCCCCUGAGCCGACCUACAGCCUCAUGUGUGAUGACAGUGGCAGCCGAUGGACGCUGCACCUCUCCGAGCGUGCUGACUGGCAGUACUCGGCCCGUGAGAAGGAGGCCAUCGAGUGUUUCAUGACACGCACCUCAAGAGGGAACCGCAUUGCCUGCAUGUUUGUCCGCUGCUCACCCAGCGCCCGGUAUACUCUGUUGUUCUCCCACGGUAAUGCAGUGGACUUGGGCCAGAUGAGCAGCUUCUACAUUGGCCUCGGUUCUCGGAUCAACUGCAACGUUUUUUCCUACGACUACUCUGGUUAUGGGGCCAGCUCUGGGAAACCCUCGGAGAAGAACCUGUAUGCUGAUGUAGAUGCUGCCUGGCAGGCGCUCCGAUCACGGUAUGGCAUCCGUCCAGAGAAUGUGAUCGUGUAUGGUCAGAGCAUUGGCACCGUGCCCUCUGUAGACCUGGCUUCUCGCUAUGAGACUGCUGCAGUCAUCCUCCACUCCCCGCUCACCUCUGGCAUGAGAGUGGCUUUCCCUGACACCAAGAAGACAUACUGCUUUGAUGCCUUCCCAAAUAUCGACAAGAUUUCCAAGGUAACAUCACCAGUACUCGUGAUCCACGGUACAGAAGACGAGGUCAUUGAUUUCUCCCACGGGCUGGCACUAUAUGAACGCUGUCAGCGCCCAGUGGAGCCGCUCUGGGUAGAAGGGGCCGGUCACAACGAUGUGGAGCUCUAUGGACAGUACCUGGAGAGACUGAAGCAGUUUGUUGCACAUGAGCUAGUCAACCUGUAAAGGAGCUGGGGGAAAAUGGCGGGAAGAGGGAAGAAGAGAACACCGCCCCAGAUUUAAGGAGAAGCCGAAUGAUGAAUGAGGGGUACAACAUUUUAUUCUAAUUCAACUAGAAGUUGUGUGUUGUACCAACAUUUUGAUGGUUGACUGCCCAUAAAUCGGGCUUGCCCACACCGUCCGCUCCACAUGCUGCAGCUGUGAAGUACUCAUUCCUCCUUUUCUUUUUUUAAAUUUUCUUUGUAUCAUGUUGAAAAUUGCACAUUGUGAAAUUCUGUAUGUGCAUAAAAGGAGAAGCAGAUGUGUGCACAGGCAACAUCCCAUGUGUACUUGCCAUGUAUGACUGUGUGUAUGUGCCACAUUUUUUGCUGCCUUUUGUGAAGGACAUGGUCCACAGAGAAACUUUCAACAAGCUGUGCUGGACCAGACUCACUCAAAUUCAACUGAACUCAGUCUGACUCUACAGUCAGAUUUGGUCUGACACACUGCAGUCACCAUGAAUUCUUCCUUUUUUCUUUUUUUUUUUUUUUAAAUAUUCUACUUAAUAUUGCACGUAUCAGCUGUCACUGAAGAACUGUACAAGACAAACUGACAUAUUACCCUUCUGUGUCAGUGUUGCCAAAUGUGUAGUAUGAUACAUUGCAGAGAUUUAGGAAUACAAGGAAGUGUACUUUUACAAAUCAUGUCUAGAACCAUCUCCAAAGCUUCGUUAGUUGUGUGAAUCCUCCACUUCUGUUUAGUUUUAAAGUGGUACAGUCUACACAGAUACAGCACAAGACGAGGCUCUGUCAGCAGCUUACUGUAUGUAGCUGGUUUAAAGGCCGGGGCUGUACGUUGUUAAACAAGGAAGUGUGGGUUAUUUCCUCACACUGGAACAGUGCUCGCAUCAGAGUUUGACUUGAAGUAUUGUUGGUAUAAGAUCAGUUUAUUACACUGUAGUUGAUGAAAUUGAUUCUUCUUGACAGAAUUAAAUGCAGGGCAAGUCUGUCGACAAAUUGCCAUCUACCUUUUUGGAUUUUACCCAUUUGUCUAUGUGCAGUAGUCGUCACGAAGCUCAGUGUUGACAGUGUUUUAUUUCCUGCCUUUGGAUCUGAAGAGGUCAAGUUACAUAAUGUGUAUAGCUACAAAUCUCUGGUGUACCUGGAUCACAUCUUUCUGUCUUGUUUGGGUUUAUUUUUUUGUUCGUUUGCUUUUUUUGCUGACAAUACUGUAAUUACUGUGACAGCAGAGGUAAACCACUAAAGCCAAUCAGGAAUGGUGAACUUUAUGAAAACGGCUAGUUUUUCCAGCAUUGCCUUUUAAUAAAAAAAAAAAGAGAAAAAAAAAAAGACAAUGCUGUGUUUUCAGUCCUCCCAUACAUUUGAGCUGAACAAUCCUCCCUGUGUGUGUGUUGGACAGUGGGUAAUGUCAGUGUGAGUGGCUCAUCAUUGAAGGCCUGUCAUGGACAGAAGGUUUUCCUUUUGGUUUGCAUGAGAUGUUCAUUUGCUUUUUAAUGCCGAGUGAGGCAAGAUGAGCUCUUUUUCAGUGCCCAGACAAGCCAAUGUCAACUUGCAGCUGCAUGUCACCCAUGGCUUCCUCCUGUUUUGUCUUUUGUUUGUUUUCCCCCAGUAUCUGGGUUGCACUUGAGCCUGUGUUUAGAAAGAUGGAUCAGAAUUUGUUAGUAAAUUAAAUGAACCAAUAAGCUAAAGGGUGCUACUGUAAACCUUCAGGUCUGAUUAGUUACAGGUUGAGAAGAAGAAAACAACUCUAGAUCAGAACCAUCAUUUCUCAUGAUGGUCUGUUAUGAAAACAAGUCAAUCAUGCUUUUCUUUUUUUACUUUUAAUUUGUGUACUGGACUUGUUGGACUUUUUUUUUUGUUUUGUUUUUUUUAAGCCUGUUCUUUUUACAAGCUUUUGUCUUCUAUUAACCUAUUAACUGUAUUUCUUGGUAGUUCUCGAACUAUUGAUAUGAUGGAGACUAGGCCAAAAUUUUGGCUUUUCAAAUGAUCUUUGUACUGCUCACCUUGACAAGAGUCAUGUCUGAUUUGAUUUCAUUUUGUAUAGCGUAUUUCAAUACAAAAAGAAGCUGUAUGUAGUAACAUUAAUAAAGUCAUUCUAAUAUGGAUAGAGGAAAUAAAUGGUAUUUGACAAACAA